AUCUCAUUAGGGAGGGAGGGAUGCAGAAAUAUGAGAUCAUGACAUUGUUAGGCUUAUAAAUUGUCAGAGCUCUGAGCUGCUGGCAGACUGAACUCUAUGAAACAAAGUGGAAUCAAAAACACAAGUGGGUUGAGGCUAUAAAACUAUAAGAAGACCAUAAGAAACUUCUGCUAAAAAUUACAUCAAGAUCCAAGGAAAAGUCUAUCUUUUUAGUGGACUUUGCAGUACAAUUUUGAAAUAUGUGUUGUGGAGGAUGUGCCAAGUGUCUUGGAGUUACUCUCAUUCCUUUAACUAUACUAUGCGUUCUUGCCAAUAUUCUGUUAUUUUUUCCUGGAGGAACAAUUGAAAUUAGUGACCAUAUUUCAGAUGAAGUUUGGUACCUUGGAGGAAUUUUGGGUUCUGGUGUACUGAUGGUGUUUCCUGCUUUGGUCUUUUUGGGUCUUAAGAAUAAUGAUUGUUGUGGAUGCUGUGGAAAUGAAAGCUGUGGAAAAAGAUUUGCGAUGUUUAGUUCUAUAAUAUUUGCAGCAGUUGGAAUUGUGGGAGCUGGAUACAGUUUUGUUGUGUCAGUUUUGGCUUUGAACAGAGGCCCCAAGUGUAACGUUGGCCCCAAUGAUAGCAACUGGACGUAUCCGUUUAAUAAUGGGGAUUACCUUGCGGAUCAUAGUUUAUGGGAGAAUUGCCGGUCCCCAGAAUCCAUUGUGCCCUGGAAUCUGACACUCUUCUCUCUGCUUCUAAUAAUGAGUGGAAUUCAACUGGUCUUGUGUGCCAUUCAGACAAUCAAUGGUCUCUUUGGAGCUAUCUGUGGUGACUGCAAAUGUUGUGGGUGCUGUGGGGGAAAUGGAACAGUUUAAAGAAGAUGAUUGCAGAAUACCAGCUAUUAUAACACAGAAUAUCCCUUUUUGGACUUUCCUCUUGAUAUGAAGGGCCACAUGUUUUUACCUGAAACAGGCCCAGAAUGAGGAGUCUUUUCCCAUGAUGUAGCAGAACCACGUUUUCCUUUCUGCACUUAUUUUUCCUCACAUAUUUAGCACCAGUUGGGCUAGUGCAUAUUUAUUUUUAUAAUAAAUUCUUUUCCAAGACAAAGUCUUUGAAACAACACCGGUUGCCAUUUUUGGCUCCUUUCAAGAAGCAAAAUUAUACAUCAUUUGGCUAUGGUUUAUGUGAAGAUGGUCUAUGUUGGAAAUAAGUCAUAUGAAUGGAAUAAUAAUAAUUUGUAAUUACAGUUACAUCCGUACUGACCAUAUCUUUAAUACCAUUAAACAACAUCUGCUUAGCCCUGAUACUUGGAAAGGAUUCGAUAAAUGGAUAAAAAUGCCACGUGCAGUCUAAACAUUUGGAUGACUGUGCAACCAACCAUAGUAAUAAUAAUAAUUUAUCGGAGUAUGAGAUAGAAGCUCAUAUUUGGAAUGUUUAUAGAUUCUGGAGGUUUUUUUAAAAUUCUCCAUUAUUGCCUAUUGUUUCUUAAAUACUGUUUUUAAGAGUUGUAUGUUAGUUUGCAUUCCUACAAGUCAAAUGUUAAACUCCAUCAUAGUUGUUUUUGUAUGUUACUAUUAUGUAUGUUAGUAUAUAGAAAUAUUUUGUUUUUUCAAUGAACAUUACUUUGAAACAA